AUGGCUCCUGAUUCUCGAUUCCUGUGCCUUCUUCUCAUAUUGCAGGUGAAAGCGAGUCCUCCAUGUGCCAAAGAGGGUGUGAUCUACAAAGACCCAGAGGUCUCCGAUGUGGGCCCCAAUGGUGCAUGGGUUUUGGAUGCCGACCAGUGCCAGAAUUCCUGCGAAACCAGACCGUCCUGUUCCUAUUUCUCCUUUGUCCCCAGCAAUUUGCCAGGAGCAGGUGAGUGCUGGCUUUUAGGCAAGAAUGCCAAAGCAGAAGAGAGAAAAGGAGUCAUAAGUGGUCCGCAGGUUUGUGCUGAGGAUCGAGUCAGCUCGAUCAACGCAUGCGGCAUGCUUGAACACCAAUGCCCAUCCCACUGGAGUGCCGAAGGUGCCGGAGGCUUUCUCUGUAUUUCAGGCCAAUCCGUAGGCGCGUGCCGCCAAGCAGUACACGGACCUUUCCCGGCCUCAGACUGCCAGGCACAAUGUAGCAUUGGCAGUGUCGACCCAAAGGAUUUGCAGGAAGCCGCGAAAGAAGAGGAAGCUGCAGCCAAGGCACAGGCCCAAGAUGACAAGGGAGAAGAUGGCAAGGAUGCAGAACACUCCAAAGAACAGUCUGGCUACUAUUACGGAACGGCAGACUAUGGUGGCUAUGGAGAUCAUCAGGCUGAGAUGGACGAGUGUGGAGACAGUGGCGCACACUGUCCUUCGCACUGGCUCGAGGAUGCAAGUGGAGGCUACCUUUGUAAGUCAGGCCACGCUCGAGGCGUGUGCCGCGAAGCUCACAGGGGACCAUUCCCAUCGCAUGCUUGUGAGGAGCAGUGCAGCAUUGGUGCUGUCCAGGGCUUGGAGGUGGAUUCAUCAAAUGCUGAAGUCCUAACCACGUGGCUGGUGGACCGCAAGCAACCUGAUGCCAGCUGGGAACCACGGACCUUGACUUUGCCCAAGAAACCUCUGUCCGAACAAGAAGAGCUGCUUCGGAUACAGAGGAUUUGGAAGGACAAGAUUCCAGCGGCAGAGAUCUUCAAAAUCCAUGUGGUGGAACCCUUGAUCAAAGAUUAUCCAGGCAGACCAUCUCUCCAUGUCCUGGUGGAAAGCAAUCCACUUGAAAGCUCAGACCGUGCUCCUGUCCUCAUGGAGGUGAAGGGCCCCAGUGAUGUUGGACAUUGGCGUGCGGGUUUCGUUCAGACCCCUGCGACUUUGGACACCAUGAAGGCUGACACUGGACACUUGCCAGAUGGUGCUCUGGUCACCGUGUAUGACCAGCAGCUGGAGGAUGGCACCUCCAAAACAGUCAUGCCCGGUGACCUCAUCACGAUUGUAGAACCACCCAACGCGAAAGAUGCUUUCUCCAGUAGCUGGACGACGGGUCACGAGAAAGAAGGUGACAUCUCAGAGCGUUUUACCGAGAAGAUGAUGGAAUGGGGUCAUAAGCUGACCGUGCUCGAGAAAAAGAUCCUGAAGGUGAUCACAGAUUCAGCUCCUCCGAAACAGCAGAGCAAUCAGGAUGGGGAAGAUUCAGGCUUCAAGAAGGUCUUGCCAUGCGUCUCUGAUAGUGCUCACCAGUGUCCUCAAGACUGGGCCAGUGGAGCGAGCGGUGGCUACUUCUGCCACUCCAAUAGCGGUUGCCGGGCAGCGGACCAUGGACCUUUUCCGUCCGAAGAUUGCGAGGCGCAAUGCUCUAUUGGCCAAGUCUUUGUGGCAGGCGGUGGCGAUGUGGCAGUGCCUUUCAAUUGUUUGUUGAACCUGAACCUUUGGAAGACUCAUUGGAGUGCAGCGAAGAAAAGCUGGUGCUGUGAGAACUCCGUAGAGGGCCAGGUGGCUUGUGCCAAGGAGGAGUCUCAUUCCGGAAUUCUUCGACGAUGUCCUGCAGAUCUGAAGACUUCAUGCCCAGAAGAUUGGACCCAGCCGCGGUCUGGCGGAGGUGGUUUCUAUUGCCAAAACACUUCAGGUUGCCGUCCCAGAGAAGAUGGACCUUUUCCGCUUGAGAGCUGCAAGGAGCAGUGCUACCUUGGUGUCACAACCAUUGGAGGCUUCCUGCCAAAGCCGGUCUUUUGGGACUGCAAGCUUGACCUCUUUUCGUGGCUUUCGAAGUGGUCUGAGGAGAAGAAGCAGUGGUGCUGUGAACAUUCUCCGGAUGCCCACAGAAUCUGCUCCAAGACCAAGGUCAACAGCGAUGCUCGCUAUUGCGAAGCCACUACUGCAGGGGGCGUUCCAUGCAAUUUUCCAUUCAGCUGGGGUGGAAGAAAGCACUAUGGGUGCGCAGUGAAGGGCAGUUGGAUGGGAGGUCGUCCCUGGUGCAUGCGAGUAGAUGGCAACUGGGCCAUGUGCGACUGCAAGGCUGAGCUCACUGUUUUGGAGAACUGGGACAUGGAUCCAAGAUCAGCGACUUGGUCUCCAAAAGCGAUUCGCUCAAGCCACAUGCGCGGUGCCCAGCGAUUUCUCACGUUGGAGUUGGUGGAGGACCUGUUCGAGUCCGAGUUGGUGCCCAAGGACGCUGGGCCUCCACCUGUUCCGGCCAUUGACCUCGAUGAUUUGGGCCUUCAUAGCGUGAAGCCUUGCUUCUUUGAGAAGAACAAGUGGUGCUCGGGGACCUAG